AUGUCCACUUUGUUAUUACAUCCGUAUUUUUUGAUGUCAAAGACCAGAAGCUUCACGCAAAUUAUUAUUGGAUCUCGGUUGUUCUUAACAGAGAUGGCUAUUCAUUUAAGUCUUCGGGUAGCACCACUAGAUUUUCAACAAGGUGGAAAUUCUCGUAUUCUGUAUGUACAUGUUCCUGCGACUCGGAUGAAUAUUCUUGUUUAUAUCGCUACGGCUAUAAACACUUUCUUCUUAUUAUUAACAAAACACCCCCUUUUUCUUCGCUUUUUCGGAACCAGUAUAGAAAUGGGUGCUUUUUUUACAUUGUUUACCUUAGUUAAUGGGGAUGUUUUGGGGAAGACCUAUGCAGGCACCCUUUGGGUGUGGGAUGCUCGUUUAACCUCCGUAUUCAUCUCGUUUCUUAUUUACCUAGGCGCACUGCAUUUUCAAAAGCUUCCUGUCGAACUGGCUUCUAUUUCAAUCCGUGUUGGACCAAUCAAUAUACCAAUAAUAAAGUCUUCAGUCAACUGGUGGAGUACAUCUCAUCAACCUAGGAGCAUUAGCAGAUUUGGUACAUCAAUACAUGUUCCUAUACUCAUUCCAAUCUUGUUUAACUUUUCUAACUUCUCCUUCUCAACCCGUAUCUUCUUUGUUCUGGAAACACGUCUUCUUAUUCCAUCUUUUCUCAAAUCUCCCUUAACCGAAGAAAUAGAAGGUCGAGAAGGAAUACCAAAACCUAGUUCACUAGUUGAGUUUUUCUGCAUCUAUGGCUGA